AUGAAGUGCAAUAGAUGGGCUGUUUUAAUACUUCUCUCCUUUAUUUAUUCUCAAAGUUUUGCACAAAACUCAUUAAAUAAUGAAACUACUACAGAACUCAGCAAUGCCUCAUUUAUUGCCAGUUACAAUGGCUCGAACAAGGUGGAAGACACCACGAACAGUUCUACAACUCUUAGAGAAGACAUUGCGUCAAGUUUGAAUGCUGCAAUGAAUGUAAGUACCGUUACCUUUGCAGAUACCAAUAUUUCAGAAAUCGUCACCGAAUCCACCACACAAGCUGAAAGCACCACUCCAGACGUCCUCAAGAAAUGGCAGAGGUUCGAAACCGUGACGAAGUUGUUCGCAAAACAGAGUGUCAAAGCUCUCAUUCCAGCACUGACUAGAGGAAGUGAAGAUCUGAAAGUUUCUGAUCAGUGCCAGAAGCAAGUGUUCAAACUCUUGAUUGGUUUGAGCAAUAUCAAAACUUGGGCAUUUAGUUGUGUUUUUGAAGAACUAGUUAAAAGCACUACAGAAAUCAAACUUUCAAAAAUAGAAACCAAACAAGCAAAAAAACUAAAGCUUCUAAACUUCACUUUUAUCGAUGCCAGUGCCAAAAUCAUUGAUGGUAUGCUUACUGGGACGCUGUCCAACCUAGGAGAAUAUGACCAAUGCAUCAACAUAAAAGCUACAGAUGACAGAAGAGGCAGGAAUUUUGGGAAAGUUAUGUUCACGGGACAGUACUGCGCCCUCGAUAUACGACCGCCUUUGCCUCCGAAGAAAAUGUAUUACAAACUGAACGAUGUAGUUGAUGUACUGAAGAAUUUCUCUCAAGGGGAUAAUGUUAUCAACGAGGCUGCAAAAUCUUCCCAGUUCUUCAACUUCUUAGCUAUGAGAUAUGGAAUCUGUGUUCCUUCCGGAUGUACCGCUGAGGACAUUCAAGGACUUCUCAACAAAGUUGAAGAGGACACUGCAUUGUCCAUUAAAGUCAGAAGGUGUGAACUUAAAGAAGAAAAUAAAUACACUCCACUCAUUAUUGGCGUCAUGACAGCCAUGAGCUUUUUUGGAUUCCUAAUGCUGGUCGGUUCUUUGAUAGAGCUUUACCAUUAUUAUGCUCAAAAGAAAAUUAAAAACUUAGGUUUACAGAUUUUGGUUUGUUUCUCUCUUAUUUCCAAUUUCAAGAAACUAGUCAACACAAAAACGUCUUCAGGGAAAAUGAGUUGCCUGCACGGGUUCCGGUUCCUUUCCAUCUCUUGGAUCAUUUUAGGGCACACGUACCUCAACAUCAACUUCCAACUAUUUCGUGGCUUGCAAAAUAUCAUUUCUUAUCCAAAAGACAUUGCUUUUCAAGCAGUCAUAAAUGCAACUGUAGCCGUCGAUACUUUCUUCUUCAUCGGGGGUUUCUUAGUAUGUUAUGCUACUAUGAAAGUAUUGAAGAAAACCGGAAGGUCCCUCAAUAUUCCUGUUUAUAUACUGCACAGAGUAUUUAGAAUCCUACCAAUUUACAUGGUCGUAGUUUCUUUCAUAUACUUGGCGCCGAUCAUGGGUGGAGGUCCCGUGUGGCAUGAUACCAUAGAUAAAUUCGUCGAGUCGUGUUACAGAAAUUGGUGGACAAACUUUCUAUUCAUUAAUAACUUCGUCAACGCAAAUGACAUUUGUUUACCCCAAAGUUGGUACAUAGCCUGUGAUAUGCAACUGUACGUAGCAGCUCUCAUAUUUCUAAUACCGCUCAUCAGGUAUCCAAAAGUAAGUUUGAGUAUAGCAUCACUUGGGAUCGUGGCAUCAGUUAUUGGGAAUAUUUUUCUCACUUACGUCAACAAUUUUCCACCAACUAUGUUGUUUGUCCACCCUGAUCUAGAGCAACGAACCUCCUUUUGGGCAAACUCCUAUUUCAAACCCUAUUCACAUGCUGGUCCAUACUGCAUUGGCCUACUAGUUGGUUAUUUAAUAAGUACCAGACCAGACAUGAAAUUAUCAUUGCCAACUCGAAUAAUCGGAUGGUGCGCCGCCAUUGCAUGCAACAUGUCCGUUCUCUACGGCGUGUAUGAAUGGAAUUCUGGCCGAGAUCCCGAAAUGGUGGAAACCCUGCUCUACAGCGGACUGCACCGGGUGGCUUGGGCAUCUGGUGUUGCGUGGGUCGUCGUCAACUGUGUUAACGGUCAAGGAGGUGUGGUCAACUAUAUAUUGAGCUGGAAAUGUUGGAUCCCACUCGGGAGGUUGACUUAUGCUGCAUACUUGAUACAUCCAAUCGUUCAGGUGGCAGGUGUUGGCAGCCUGCGCAUGAGACUUCAAACUCAGCACCCGUUUGCUAUAUGGAUGUUCUGUGGGCAUCUAUUGGUCACUUACGGCUGCUCUUUUGUCGCAAGCAUGCUGGUAGAAGCGCCAUUUUUGUCCUUGGAAAAGCUUGCUUUCAAAUCCUUUACUAAAGAAGAAGAUGUCAAUGCCAACCGGCGAAGUACUUCGGCGAAUGGAGCUGUUCGAAAAAAUUCCGAAGAGAAUCAUUUCAACCCUGUGCCCGUGAACGGGGUUGUCAGUCAUUUGUAAAUGCAUGCUGAAACGAAGACUGUUCGCACUGAAGUAAAAAGUGCGACCGAUAAUUUAAACUGUUGUUUCAUAAAAUAAUUGAAUCAUUUGAAUCUUUAUCUUCAGUGAUGUUGGUCAUUGAAAUACCAAUCACGUCUACCAAUAUCUGCCAAUCACGUCUGCCAGUAUCUACCAAUCUCAUACAGUUGAUUCAUACAGCCUAUUUAAGGGGUCUAAGGACAUUUAACCUUCAAAAUGUUUGACUUUUUGGAAAAAAAUAUAUGUUAUGCCUAUUUUAAGUCUGAACAAUUUGAUACCUUAUAUAUUACCAUACGCAAAAAAACUUUUCAAGUUAUCGAAAAAAUGUGUAUACUUUCCCCAUAGAGAUUUGUGUUAACAGCAUCUGUUUAAGCCUCUUUUUCUCAAGUUGCGUUUUCUCAGAUUUCUCGUUUUGCGUGCAUGAUAUUUCAGAAAGUUUUUUAUAUAUUUCCGUAAAACUUU